AUGAUGGGGUUCACUAUCAUCCAGGCUUCUGUUAUUGCAGUUUUAGCCACUGCGAGCUUGGCAGCCCAGAUAUCGAACACUGCCGUACCUAAGCCUUGGAGCAAUUUCAACAACAAUGGCGUGUUCUAUCCAGAGCAGACCGCGACUAGCUGGAGAACUCUAUACGGCCGAACUCUCCAGCUGCCUGACCAGUCUCUUCUUCUGUCUUGGGAAGACUAUGACCCCGCGGCAACUUUGACUUACUUUCCCAUCUACAAGUCAGAAGAUGGUGGAGCGUCGUUCACUGCUUUCUCCAGAGUCGACGAUCAGGUCAAUGGCUGGGGAAACUGGUAUCAGCCAUUCCUCUACGAGCUUCCACAGCCAUUGGGGGGGUUUCCGCAAGGCACCAUUCUCCUGGCCGGUGUCUCUACGCCACGUAACCUCUCACAGGCGUACAUUGAUUUGUAUGCCAGCACCGAUCAAGGAAAGGCGUGGGCAUUUGUCAGCCAUAUAGUCUACGGCCCUGGUCCGGAGACAAUCGCCCGGGGGGACAAGGCAGUCUGGGAGCCUUUCUUGCUGAUGCAUGAAGGAGAGCUUGUGUGUUAUUAUUCCACUCAAGUGGAUCCCGAUCACAACCAAAAGCUUUCUCACAAAACAACCAAAGACCUGCGUCAAUGGAGCGAUGAAGUCGAUGACGUCGCCCAGGCAGAUGCAGGAGUGCGGCCCGGCAUGGCUACAGUGGCAUAUAGCCCCAUCUCACAAAAGUAUGUCAUGACUUUUGAAUACUGUGGCGGCCCUAUCGCUGGCGGAUGUCCAGUCUACUACAAGGUCUCCGACUCUCCCCUGAACUUUGGCUCUGCCGAACUUCAGCCCAUUAUUCCUGGUGACGGCCAGCUGAAUCCUAACGGGAGCCCGUUCGUCAUCUGGACUACGGAGCCUGGGACAAAUGGCACGAGUGGUGUUUUCAUCGCCAACGGAAGUAGCCGUGAGGAGGUGUUUGUGAACAGCGAUGCCGUCGAUCCAAACGGUUGGAAGGUAGUCAACGUCGGGCAGUGGUCAGCUUACUCCAGAGAACUUCGGAUCAUCGCCACCCCUGAGUCUGGCCCCUCAAACGGAAACCCUAAACUUCUUCUCACGAACGGGGGAAAUGUCGGCUGCUCUGGGGAUUGCUACAACUACGUUGCUAAUGGUGUAGUGGAUAUACCCACUUACCAUACCUAG